AUGGCAGAAAAACGAGGCGGGUCAAUCUUCUCUCCACAAUUGCAAGACCACUGGAGUCACCACGACAUGGAUUUUCCCGCGGAAGAAGAGCGCAUGCUCGCUCGGUGGAGGGAGAUUGAUGCCUUUCAACGCCAAGUUGAACUUUCGGCCGGAAAGCCACGCUAUGGCUUCCUGGAUGGCCCUCCGUUCGCUACCGGAACCCCUCACUACGGGCAUCUGCUUGCUUCGACUAUCAAGGAUGUGAUCCCCCGUUAUUGGUCCAUGAAGGGAUUCCAUGUGGAGCGCCGAUUCGGUUGGGAUACGCAUGGUGUGCCCAUCGAAUAUGAGAUCGACAAAAAGUUGGGCAUGUCCGGCCUGCAGGCUGUCCAAGAGAUCGGAAUCGAGAAGUACAACGAGGAGUGCCGGUCGAUUGUCAUGAGAUACGCAACAGAAUGGCGCGAAACUAUCGAGAGAUUGGGUCGUUGGAUUGACUUUGAUAACGACUACAAGACCAUGAACCCGACAUUCAUGGAAUCGGUCUGGUGGGUUUUCAAGGAGCUCUUCGAUAAGGGCCUUGUUUAUCGUGGAUACCGUGUCAUGCCUUACUCUACCGCCUUGAACACCCCGCUCAGCAACUUCGAAGCGCAGCAGAACUACAAGGACGUGCAGGAUCCCGCCGUUGUUGUGACAUUCCCUUUGCUCGAUGAUCCCGAGACCUGCUUACUUGCGUGGACCACGACCCCGUGGACUCUUCCCUCGCACACUGGUUUGUGCGCGCACCCCGACUUUGAGUACGUCAAGAUCUACGAUGAGGCUACAAAGAAAAACUACAUCCUCUUGGAGGCUCUCCUUCGAACAAUCUACAAGGACCCGAAGAAGGCCAAGUUCAAGAUUGUCGACCGUCUCAAGGGUUCUGAUAUGCUCGGAUGGAAGUACGAACCCCUCUUUGAUUACUUCUAUGAAGAGUUCAAGGACUGUGGCUUCAAGGUGGUGAAUGACGAGUAUGUCACUGCCGAGGAUGGUGUUGGUAUUGUCCACCAGGCUCCUGCUUUCGGUGAGGAGGAUUACCAGGUUGCUAUGAACCACGGCGUUAUUUCUGAGACUCGCCUUCCUCCCAACCCCGUUGAUGCACAGGGUUGUUUCACAGCUGAAGUUCGGGACUUCGUUGGUCAGAAUGUUAAGGCCGCUGACAAGGGCAUCAUCAAACUUCUCAAGGGCAACGGCCGUGUCCUCGUUGACAGCCAGAUUACUCACAGCUAUCCAUUCUGUUGGAGAUCUGACACUCCUCUGAUCUACCGUGCUGUGCCAUCCUGGUUUGUGAAGGUCAAGCCUAUCAUUCCUGAUAUUCUUGAUGGCAUCGAGAAGUCCCACUGGGUCCCAUCUAAUGUCAAGGAGCGCAGAUUCGCUAGCUGGAUUCGGAACGCUCAUGACUGGAACAUUUCUCGCAACCGUUUCUGGGGAACACCCUUGCCAUUGUGGGUCAGUGAUGAUUUCUCGGAAGUUGUCGCUAUCGGAAGCAUUGAGCAACUGAAGGAACUGAGCGGUUACGAGGGCGAGCUCACCGACAUCCACCGGGAUAAGGUCGAUCACAUCACCAUCCCUUCAUCUAAGGGCAACGGUGUUUUGAGACGUGUUCCAGAGGUGUUUGAUUGCUGGUUUGAAUCCGGCAGUAUGCCUUUCGCAAGUGUGCACUACCCCUUCGAGGGUAAAGAUGAGUUCGAGGACCGUUUCCCCGCAGACUUCAUCGCCGAGGGUCUUGACCAAACCCGCGGAUGGUUCUACGUACUCAGUGUCAUCGGAGUUCACUUGCGCCAAAAGCUACCAUACAAGAACGUUGUGGUAAAUGGCAUUGUGCUCGCGGAGAAUGGCCUCAAGAUGUCAAAGAGGUUGAAAAAUUACCCCGACCCAUCUUUGAUCAUGAAUUCUUACGGAUCGGACGCUCUACGAUUGUACAUGAUUAACAGCCCGGUUGUUCGUGCCGAGCCUCUCAGAUUCAAAGAAAGCGGUGUCAAGGAGAUUGUCAGCAAAGUGCUUCUCCCAUUGUGGAACAGUUACAAGUUCUUCGAGGGCCAGGUGACCCUCCUGAAAAAGACCUCCAACAUCGACUUCGUCUUCGAUCCUGCAGCGGAGAGCACCAACACAAAUGUUAUGGAUCGCUGGGUACUUGCAAGCUGUCAAUCCCUGCUUCUGUUCAUCAACCAGGAGAUGGCUGCCUACCGCCUGUAUACGGUUGUGCCGCGCCUUCUGGGUUUGAUUGAUAACACAACCAACUGGUAUAUUCGCUUUAACCGCAAGAGACUUAAGGGUGAGAACGGCGUUGAUGACACAUUGCACGCCUUGAAUACUCUCUUCGAGGUUCUCUACACUUUGGUCAGGGGCCUUGCUCCCUUCACUCCGUUCAUCACCGACAACAUCUACCAGCGCCUCCUGCCUCACAUUCCCGAAUCGCUCCGUGCUGAAGACAGCCGUUGCGUACACUUCCUUCCUUUCCCCGAAGUCCGUCAAGAACUCUUUGACGAAGUUGUCGAACGCAGAGUGUCUCGCAUGCAGACCAUCAUCGAACUCGGUCGAGUCUCACGCGAACGCCGGGCUAUUGGUCUGAAGACUCCCCUGAAGACCCUUGUCGUGAUUCACAAUGACCCGCAAUAUCUCGAGGAUGUCAAGUCCCUUGAGCCUUACAUUCUCGAGGAGCUCAACGUCCUGGAGCUUAUUCUUUCGUCUGACGAAGCCAAGUACCAAGUCGAAUACUCAGUGUCUGCUGAUUGGCCGGUGCUAGGAAAGAAGCUGAAGAAGGCCGUCCAAACAGUCAAGAAGGCUUUGCCGUCUCUCACCAGUGAUGAUGUGAAGGGCUAUCUCGCGAACAAGAAGAUUCUGGUUGAUGGCAUUGAGCUCGUUGAGGGUGAUCUUGUUGUAAAGCGAGGAAUCAAGGAAGACGGCAACUCCAAGGGCAUGGAGACCAACACGGACGCUGAUGUGUUGACCAUCCUUGAUGUAAACCUGUACCCGGAGCUGGCUCACCAGGGUCUGGGUCGUGAGAUCAUCAACCGUGUUCAACGCCUUCGCAAGAAGGCUGGUCUGGUUCCAACCGACGAUGUGAAGAUGGAAUACACAGUGAUCUCGGAUCCAGACAACAUUGGCCUUGACGAGGCAUUCAAGUCUCAAGCCCAGGCCUUUGAGAAGGUUCUGCGUCGCCCGGUCGAGAUGAGUGACUUCAGUGGUGAUAAGCUCCCUACUGGAAACGAAGAGGGCACUAUCUCCCAGGAAGAACAGGAGGUGCAAAACGCCACUUUCCUUCUGCGUCUUCUCAAGCUUUAG